GUCUAGCAAUUGGCAGCGUUCUUUCCCUUCACUUCCUCUGCCUGCGUAGAGGCCAGUGUUGUUGAAUUUGUUGCAAAGAGGGAAUUCCAUGGCCGACAUGGAGGUUGAGAAGAGCUCUACCGUUGACGCCGCCCCUGCUGCGGGGACGCCCAUGAAGACAGUGCCUGAAACUUUGCUCAAGAAGCGCAAGCGCGAUGAGCAGUGGGCCAUCAACCGCAAGCAACUAUUGGAGUCUGGAAAGAACAAAAAUUCUCAGAGCCGCAAGGUCAUUUUCAAGCGAGCGGAGCAGUUCAUCAGAGAGUACCGUGGCCAGGAGGCCGACUUCAUUAGGCUGAAGAAAGAACUUAAGGUGAAGAGCAGAUCAAACGUUUUGCCCGAGGGCAAGCUGAUGUUUAUUAUUCGUAUUCGUGGUGUGAAUAAUAUGCACCCCAAGACUAGGAAGACCAUGCAAUUGUUGCGCUUGAAACAGACAUUCGAUGGGGUUUUCUUGAAAGUCAACGAAUCUACCAUGAGCUUGUUGCGACGAGUGGAGCCAUAUGUGAUCUACGGCAACCCGAACUUGAAGAGUGUCCGGGAGUUGAUCUACAAGCGUGGGUACGGAAAUGUAAACAAGUCGCGCACCGCUCUUACGGACAACACCAUCAUCGAAAAGGCACUUGGACAGUUCGGUAUCAUUUGUAUUGAGGAUCUCGUCCACGAGAUUUACUCCGUUGGACCCCACUUCAAGGAAGCCAACAGUUUCUUGUUGCCAUUCAAGCUAAGCUGCCCCUUGGGAGGUCUGAAGAAGAAACAACACUAUGCGGAGUCUGGGGACGCCGGAAGCCGCGACGAUCUGCUCAACCGCUUCCUUAGCCAGAUGAACUAGGACUUUGCACUAAAGAUCAUUUUGUUAGUCUGAGAGUUAUGAAAUCCUGCUGUAUAUUUAACAUUGACGCGGAUUGUAAUUUUCCUAAUGCUCAAAUUCAAUCAGUCUUUCCAUCAUCA